CUUCAGUAGUGUGCCGUCAUGCGAGUGAGUGAGUGAUCAUGUGCGCUCUUAGGUCUGGAUUCUCGUCGGCGUCCAAAGUCGUCAUAUACUUCGUGUUUGUCAUCAGGACUAUACACUCACAAGAAACGAAAUGCGGUCACCCACCAGUGCCGAUGAACACCAAGCUAACGCUGUCCAACAACAACCUCACAGCGGGCACAGUGGCCACCUAUACAUGCGACGAAGGAUAUGAACUAUUCGGGAACCCAACGACAACGUGUGCAGCAAAUGGAAAAUGGCAAGGAGAGUUACCAUUGUGUGGUACUAACGUGGCGCUGCGGAGACCGGCCAACCAGUCGACGACGGUGCGCGGAGGUGCCGCUACAAACGCCAACGACGGGGACAAGACCACCGUCCACGACGGGAAGAAGUGCACGGAGACGAUGAAGGAGCCCUCGCCAUGGUGGCAGGUCGACCUCCUCAGGCCGUACCCGGUGAGGGUGGUCAGGAUCACCACCAGGGGGUGCUGUGGUCAGCAGCCAUUGCAAGACCUCGAGAUCCGUGUAGGAAACAGCAGUUCAGAUCUUCAAAGAAAUCCACUGUGUGCCUGGUACCCAGGAACAAUAGAGGAAGGGACUACUAAAACCUUCACUUGCGCAAGAUCACUUAUUGGCCAGCAUGUGUUCAUCCAACUAGUCGGUGUCGAGGGAUCAUUAUCCUUGUGUGAAGUAGAAGCAUUCACUACUGCAGAGUUCUCCAACGAUCGCUGCUCAGUCACCGGAGUUGGCACAGAUGUCGAAUUUGUAGCUUUCGAUCGAACUUGUUAUGAAUUCAAUGUGGGAAAAGGAGGUUCAUUUGAAGAAGCUAGGAAGGCUUGUAAAUCACGAUCUGGAGGAGACCUUGCUCAUGGUUUCAGAGGAGUCCAUAACACUUUCCUCUUAGCGGAGCUCGAGAGACGGAAACCUAGUCUCAAGACCCAGCUAGUCUGGAUUGGAGCUCAUAAGGAACCUGGUUUCACUUCUAGAACUUGGAAAUGGGUCAAUGGAGAAGUAAUCAGUCGCCCAGCCUGGGGUAAAGAUCAACCAAACAACUACAACGGAGAACAGAACUGCGUAGUUUUGGAUGGAGGAAGCAAUUGGCUUUGGAAUGAUGUGGGUUGUAAUCUUGACUAUUUACAUUGGAUUUGCCAGCACAAACCUCUUUUCUGUGGAAGCCCUGAUAAGAAUAUAAAUACGACAAUAGCUGGAACAAAUCACAGUAUAAAUGCAUCAAUCACCUAUAACUGCCCAGAAGGACACAUGCUGAUAGGAGAUGCAGAAAGGGUUUGCACAUCUUCAGGAUUUUGGUCUGGCGAACCUCCAACUUGCAAAUAUGUUGAAUGUGGAAAGCUGCCAGAAUUGGCUCAUGGAAAAAUCACUCUUAUAAAUAACAGAACAUCCUAUGGAGCAAUAGCCAAUUACACCUGUGAAGCGAACUACACCCUUGUCGGAGAAGAACAAAGAACUUGCGGGGACAGUGGUGUUUGGUCGGGAUUGGCUCCUCAGUGCCUCUUCGACUGGUGUCCUGAUCCUCCAAUGAGCGAGGGCACAACUGUCAAAGUGUCCGGGAAGAGGGCAGGCUCAACAGCAACGUACACUUGCAAACCUGGUUUUAUACUGUUUGGCCAACAGGUACUGACCUGUGGUUUGGGAGGAGAAUGGUCUGGGAAGGCUCCAACAUGUAAAUACGUCGACUGCAGAGAGCCUCUGGGAGUAGACAAUGGUCACUAUAUCCUUCUUAAUGGAACAACAACCCACGGUAGUGUCGUUGAGUACACCUGCGACACAGACCACUGGUUGGAACCACCAACACGAAAUUACCUCACUUGUCUUCGAGAUGGCAAAUGGUCUGAUGAUCCACCUACCUGUGAAUUGAUUACUUGCCCUGAACCAGAAGUCCCCGAAAAUGGUUACGUGGUUGGUUACGAUUUCAAUGUCCAUUCUAGCCUGGAAUUCCAUUGUGAAGCAGGCCACAUCUUAGCGGGUCGAUCAACUCUCACAUGUACGACGAACGGUGAAUGGGACGGAGAACCUCCUACUUGCUAUUACAUAGAUUGUGGAAAGGUUCCACCUAUACCAUAUGGUUCAGUUGCAUAUACUAAUUCCACAACAUAUUUGGGAAGUGAAGUUACAUAUAGUUGUACUAAAAACUAUAGAUUAGUCGGACCUUCGAGCAGAAUAUGUUUAGAGACUAAACAAUGGAGCGAAGGGCUUCCAAGAUGUGAAGAAAUCCGUUGCCCAGCACCACAAUUAGCGGACCAUGCUAUUCUGUCAGUGACUGGAAAUGAUCGAUUGUAUGGCAGGACUCUCAUUCGUACCCAAGAUUCUGCAGUCUCUGUUACUACGUUCAAGAUAGGCACACUUGUAAAAUACAGAUGCGAGCGAGGAUACAAAAUUGAAGGGGAUCCACUUUCAACAUGUGAAGAUAAUGGAAAAUGGAGUGGAAAACUACCUCAAUGCAUAUUUGUCGAUUGUGCACUACCAUUGGCUCCAAAUAAUGGACGAUUCACCUUACUUCAAAAUGCAACUUAUUACGGAGCAGCGGUGCUUUAUGAAUGCUAUGAAAACUUCCAGCUUGAUGGAUUCCCACGAAGAAUGUGCUUAGACAAUGGAACCUGGAGUGCCGAAACACCAAUGUGUAAAGAAAUAGUCUGUAAAGAACCAGAAAGCCAUACUGGCAUGAAUGUUCAAGUUUCAUCGUUCAGUGUUGGAGGUACAGCCAUAUACACAUGUCCUAGAGGACACAACAUGGAGGGAAAUGUUACAAGAACUUGCCUCAAAAAGGGAAGCUGGAGUGGAUUUAUACCUAACUGCAUACCUGUUGAUUGUGGAAGACCAACUGACAUAGAAAAUGGCCGAGUAAUUAUUAUGAAUGACAGUACGACAUAUAAUAGUGGCGCUGAAUACCACUGUAUCCCACAGUUUCAAAGGAUAGGUCCUUAUCUAAGAAAAUGUAUGGAAGAUGGUACAUGGUCUGGAGAUGAACCUCGAUGUGAAAUGACUACAGCUCCAAGCAGCGAUUCACAAGCACUCGGACUAACAAUUGGAAUCGGAGCGGGUGUUCUACUUUUCCUACUCCUCAUUUUGGGAAUUAUUUACCUAAGGCUUCGAAAAGAAACUCCUGUGAAAAAUACUGAAAAUAUUCAGGGUGCUCUCAAAAAAGAAGAUCAGAAUGCUGCUGUGAUGUCCUACGCUAACCUGAAUGACAGAACAGGAAAUAACAUUUAUGAAAACAUACAUGAAGAAGUGUACGAUUCGCCAUAUGAAGAAACAAGUCAUUACGAACCAUCACCAAUUUCUCAUCGGAACACAGUGACAAUUAACGGUGUUGCUGUUCGAUAGCACAAGUAGAAAAAAGAAAGAGAAAUGAUGAAAUAAUUGAGAAAAUCUGUUGUGUCCAUUAUGUAUAGACCUAUUUAUUUUUGCCCAUAGCUGUGUAAAUAUAGUUGAAGGGCAUUUAUAUUAACUGUGACCCAAGUGUGGCUUAAAUAAUCUUUCAGUCAUCGACGGCUUGGUGUCCAUUCCUGACUGUAAUUAGAUAGGAUUUUUAAAAAGGUUAUAUUAAAGCUGUGUUUGUAAUUAAUAUGAGAAUGUAAAUAAAAGCACCUCUGUGAGGACAAUGACUGUUAAUAAAAUUAGUUUUGUUAUGUAA